AUGGUGGUGACAUCAGAGUGCCACGCAUCGACUGUUAUUGGCGUCCCGCCGUAUGCCGCCGUCAAUGCGUUCAAAGACAUCACUUGUAUCAAGGCGUUCGGCGUCGAUGGCCUUGUGACGUGCUGCCUGCUCGAGAACGCGCUAGAGCCCACCGCCAUCGGUGCCGUGCGUCGCGUCACGCUUGCACUGCCGACGUUCGAAGAGACAAUCCUGCGCGAGCGGCUCGUGGCUGUGGAGCCGGGGCCGCACAGAACCACCGUCCGCAUGGAGUAUGUGCCGUGCUCCAGGGAGGAGGCCCGCCGCUCCCCCUUUGGCGCGGAGGGGACGCGGCUGCUGCUCGGCGCCAGCACGUGCGUCACCGUCACGGCGAUCUCGGUUAAUCCGAACAGGUGCUUCGUGGAGAUGUCCACAACGUUCACAGUCAACUUGGAGGUGCCGCCCGACGGCGCAAAGCGGGCAAUGGACAACUCGGUGUAUCGCAAUAUUGCACUGUUCUGGGAUAUGUAUGUGCUGCGCACAGUCUCUGCGCUGGAGAAUUACCUCCUGUCCAUUGCAUUUCCUGAAGUUGGCCGCAACGCCGUUAUGGAGUACCAAAAUGACCUUAAUGAGGCGGAGGAGGCGUUCUGUCGAUGGGCUGCGAGAAGCAGCGCGACCAUCCCUCGUACGGAGGCGAUGGAGACACUGGAAAAAGCCCUCAAUACAUGCCUACGCAUUCAACGCGAACUGAAGCAUCAGCAGUUGAUGAACGCGCGGCUGCAGGACGAUGCGGCUGGCUCAAUGGCAGUUGCAGCGGCAGCAGCUGCCGCUGCAGCUGUAGCGGCGGCGGAAGCAGCAGAGAAACGUGCCGCUUGUGCCAUUCAGGAGGAGGCGUCGCCGUCCCCGCACAGCGACCCAAACCCGCCGCGUCGUACGACAGCGGCCGCACCUCUUGGACCUUCUGCAGUUAGCAUAUGCGCCAAACAAUCAGAUGAAGUAGAAAAGACGGUUGCAGAGGCGGAUAUUCGCCCCGGCACGCCGACGCCACAAAAUAUGACCUUCUUCUCUCCUGGUGGUGGGCGUUGUCUGAGCGUUCCGACUUCUGAACACGGGGAGCCGCAACAACAACAAGAGCCACAGUGCUCUGUCCCUCCUCACCGGCCUGCGCCCCUGGAGUUUCAACCGGAGUUCCUUAAAAACUUCUUGACGGACCGCGGUACCAUCAACGAGAAACAAGCUCAGGCCUUAUUCAGUAUGCUGGACGCAAAACAGGACGGUUUCAUCACUAAGCGAGGUAUCGCCACUGUGCUGGGCCAGAUGGACCCCUUGGGGCUGUAUGAGGACAGAGACGGCACGCUGCUUCAGGUGACGGAGAGCCGUCAGGCGGUGGGCACCGGCGUGUUCCGCGGCAUCGCUGCUGCUGCUGCUGCUGCUCCUUGUAUUACUGCUACUGAUUCCAUACCAGGGGUCACUCCGAUGCGAGAGUCGAAUGAAACGGCUAUGGAAGAAAAGGAGACUUUGGCGGCGCCUGCUCAGCUCACUCCACUUCAGACAUUAGUCCGCCGCCACGACGCUCAGAAGAAGGUGAUGCAUGAGAAGGCUAUUGAGGAGCGGUCCGAAGCCAUGCUGAAAACCUACGCUUACAGGACUCGUGGCAGGCUUCACUACGAUGAAUUCUGUCUCAUGAUGCUACAUCUCUUGAAGGAGUAUUAA